AUGGUCGAACAAAUCCUGAAAUUUAAUACACCUUUUCAAGGACAAGACGUAUCUAAUGAUGCUUCAUUCAAUAACGACUUAUCUCAUCAUCAUAAAGUACCUAGUCUUCUCGGCGAUUGCGAUUGGAAUGAUAUAACAGAAUUGAUUCAUAAAAUGGAUUCUCAACCGAAUAUGACAUUUAUUGAAUGUAUGAUGGCUGAAUUACAUAAAAAUACGAUUUUAUCAAUGCGACGUCAAAUGCAAAAAGAAAACUUAAUUAUGCUAGCAUCAUAUAAAGGUUAUUCAUUUCAUAAAUAUCCGGCAAAACAAUUUCAAGAGAAAGCUUCUAACUAUAUGAAAGAAGCAGACAUUUACAAGUUAAUUAAUGAUGUAAAUCCAAAAAAUCCAACUGUUAGUCAAAGUUGUUUAAAAACAAUUUUCAAAACAUUGGAUACAACAUUGAUAAAGUUACUUCGUUCAAAAGCAAUCACUGAUGCUCAAUUUGUACUUAUGCAUCCACAAAAGUCAAUUAUUCGAUUAAGUUAUUUAUACUUUGUACCCGAUAUUGACGAAUCUAAAGAACCGGUUGUACCAAUUAUGGUUUGCAAAAAUGCACCUAUAUUCAAUAUAUCACAUUUUAUUAGCAAUACACUUUGGUCUAUGUUGAACGAAAUUACAGGCUGUAAAAAAUUAGCAAAUUCGGAUCAAGUUGCUUAUAUGUUGGAGCAAUAUGCUAAAGCUGAUUAUCUUCAAGAAACUACAUAUUUUGUUACAUUUAAUUUCCAUGAUGUCUGUACGAAAUUUUCUCAUCAUAAAGCAUUACAAGCUUUAGAAAAAUUCCUUGAAACACAUCGACCUCAACUACAAGAAAUAGCUAAACACUUAUCAAACAAAACAAUUCUUCAAUUAGUACGUCUGGUUUUAGAAACUCAAUAUUUUAUCUAUGACAAGAAACUCUAUCAACAAAUUCAUGGAAGUAGUUCUGGAUCACUAUUAACGAUUCUAUUAGCAUUCACAUACCUACUCUAUGGUCAAUCUACUUCUCUUAUAAAUACUAUAUUGAAUAAUAAAACUGAAAUAUUUGCUAGAUAUCGUGAUGAUAUUUUUCUCACAUGGAAUGGAUCGAAAGAAGACUUUCAGACUUUAUUCAAUGGAACAAUCCAUCAACAGCAAGAAAAUCCGACAAUUCCGUCCAUUAAAACUAUGAUUGGUAAAACGAUACAUUUACUUGACUUGGAAUUAAACAAUGAUAAAGGUCAUCUAGUUACCAAAAUCUUCCGUAAUCCAAAGACUGAUGAAUACGAACUACCAAGUCAAUAUGAAUAUCAUACCAAUCAACCAUCCGAUUUACUAAAAGCAGCACUUAAACAUGCUUUGUAUUGUUCUACAAAUCAAAAAGACUUUGAGGCUGAACGUCGACAUAUUCGUUUAUCUCAUUUAUUUCGUGGUUUUUCAUCAGAAUUUAUUGAUCAAUGUAUUGAAGAAUUUAAAAAAAAAGAUGUUGGUAUUAAAUCCGAUCUCAUUCAUCCUUUUCAUACUAUUCCUUUUGAAACACUUCGUAAACACAUUAUGCAACUUUAUGAAGCAGGAAUGGCAUUAGAAAAAGAAGAAAAAACGCAAAAAACAAAUAUUAUACAUGUUCCAUAUCCAGAUAGUUGGACUCAAGAAAUGGCAUUGAAAAUCAAAGAUGAUCUUCUCAAUAUGGUGGAAGAAAGUACCACUAAUAAAGAAGCAUUUCGUGAUAUUCAAUUCGAUUUAAUACCUCGUCCAGAAACUCCGUUAGCCAUCAAUGAUUACUUACUUGAUAAACGACCACCCCUUUCUAUGUUAAUCUUAUCCAGUAAAUAA